CUUCCAGCUACAAGCCCUAACCUUCUGUCUUUGCCCUGAAUGAAAGACCUUCCCAGGCACCAGGUGGCCACUCACUGGAAGGCUUGCUGCUGACUGGGCCUCCACGCUGCCCCGAUGCGGGUGGUGCUGAGCCUCCCGCUGGCCUGCCUCCUGGCCCAGGCGUGGCUGGCGCCUGGUUCCACCCUUGCUUCCCACUCGCCAGAGGCCCAGGAAGGGCUGGAGACUCUGCUGACCCCCAGGGCCCAAAACAAGACCAGCCAGACCAGUGAGAGACCAUGGGCUCCAGAGGAGGAGGAGGGGGAGGAAGACUCCCCCUGGCUGUCAGCCAAGGGGCAGCAGUUCUCCAGGGAGGCCUCCAACUUGGGGUUCAGCCUGCUACGUAAGAUCUCCCUGAAGCAUGAUGGCAACGUGGUUUUCUCCCCGCUCGGCCUGGCCUGGGCCAUGGCUGCGUUGACUCUGGGGGCCAGGGGGCACAGCAGAGCCCAGCUGGAGGGACUCUUCUUGCAGGCCUGGAACCAGACCUGGCCCGCGGUGAACCAGACCCGAACACCGCACCUGCCUGCCCUCUUCAAGAGGCUACGAGAGAGCCUCUCCCAUAACCCAGAGCUGGGCCUGGCCCAGGGGAGUUUCGCCUUCAUCCACAAGGACUUUGACAUCAGAGAGACCUUCCUCAAUCUCUCCAAGAGGUAUUUCGAUAUGGAGUGUGUGACUGUGAAUUUUCGCAACACUUCCCAGGCCAAAAGGCUCAUGAAUCAUUAUGUGAACCAAGAGACGCAGGGGAAACUUCCCAAACUCUUUGAUGAGAUUAAUCCUGACACCAGAUUAAUUCUUGUGGAUUACAUCUUGUUCAAAGGGAAAUGGCUGAUCCCUUUUGACCCUGCUCUUACCGAAAUGGACACUUUCUACCUGGACAAGUACAAGGUGGUCAAGGUGCCCAUGAUGUACAGGUCAGGCAAGUUUGCCUCCACUUUUGAUAAGAAUUUUGGUUGCCGUGUCCUCAAGCUGCCCUACCGAGGAAAUGCCUCCAUGCUGGUGGUCCUCAUGGGGAGGAUAGGCGACCAUCUCACCCUUGAAGACUACUUGACCACAGACCUGGUGGACACGUGGCUCAGGAACAUGAAAACCAGAAAAAUGGAAGUUUUCUUUCCAAAGUUCAAGUUAGACCAGAAGUAUAAGAUGCAUGAGCUGCUUAAACAGAUGGGAGUCCAAAGAAUCUUCUUACCCUGGGCUGACCUAAGGGAUCUCACGGUUACUGAAAGAAAUCUGAAAGUUUCUAAGGUUUUACAAAGAGCUAUGAUUGAGGUGGAUGAAGAAGGUACAGAGGCAACGGCAGGAACCCUAUUAGAAAUCACUGCUUAUUACAUGCCUCCCAUCAUCAGAGUGGACCGGCCAUUUCUCUUCAUCAUCUAUGAAGAAACCUCCAGAACCGUGCUAUUUCUGGGCCGGGUGGUGAAUCCGACUCUCCUGUGAUUUACAACACGCGUGAGUCCUUGGAGCUACAGCGAUGCUGGAUCCGAGGUGUCUGAGUCCACACAGGACAUUGGCACUGGGUGUCCCCCCUUGUUCUCAAGCGCUAAUUUGAGCCAUUCUUAGAUGGAUCUGCAUAUGAAAUUCAAGCUUAUUUUAAGGAGAUGUUUGUAUGAGCUGGCUGGUAUUUUAAGCCUGUUUCUAAGAGCCUAUGUUAUUAACUGAAACCAUCUUGGUACCUGGACUCAGCAGAACUCUAUUUCAAGAUGAAGUCUUUGGGAAAACAAGUACACAUUCUCCACGGGUCAUGUGCUUCACUCCCUUUACUGCUCCCUGGUGCGAAUUAGUGUUUUAUUUUAACCUACUAUAGAAUAAUUUCUUGGUGACUAAAAUUAGAAAAAAAUAGCUGUAGUCAGGCCUGAUCACAGCAUCUGCCACCAUGUGGCUUUGUCUACUCCAUGAAGCCAUUAACUGAGCUACAGAUCUUCCAGUUCAAUCUCCUAAUUUUAUUAUAAAAGCCAAGAAACGGGAAACUGGAGAAAGGGCCACAGUAAGGCUUUCAUGGGGCUUCCCAGGUAGUGCUAGUGGUAAAGAACCCACCUGCCAAUGCAAGAGUUGUUAAGAGACUCGAGUUCGAUCCCUGGGUUGGGAAGAUCCCCUGAAGGAAGGCACGGCAACCCACUCCAGUAUUCUUGCCUGGAGAAUCCCCAGAGGAGCCUGGUGGGCCAUAGUCCAUAUGGCCUCAAAGAGUCAGACACAGCAGAGCAACUGAGCACACACGGAUACAGGCAAGGCUUUCAUGGGCGCCAGGCCCUUUUGCCUUCGUGGAUUCCUUCUUCCAUUUUAUACACACACACACACACACAUAUACAUAUAUGUGUAUAUACAUAUAUACACACACACACAUAUAUGUGUGUAUAAUAAAAUUUUUAUGACUGUAUUUGUAUAAAGGUGAAUAUAUUCUGGGUUAUAUCUGUCUUUAUACUAAUUGCAAAGCAUGGAACUCACUUAUAGAGCAAGAAAUAAGACAUCUUCACGGGUCCCUGAAAGUACUGUGGGCCUGAUGUCCUAUGCCUACAGCAUCUAAUGGAGAAAUCAUACAGGGCAUCUCAGAGGAAGAAAAACCAGUACAUUUAUGGCAGAGUCAGGACCCUGCCACUGACUCCAGGCCCCAAGCCCAUUCCACUCUUUCUUCUUUCUGUCUAAAGCAUCUCAUGGGGUACAGUUCAACAGGCGGCGUGUGUUCAUGUCUGUUACCCAUUGUGAUUAAAUAGAAUGUAAGCAUGGACUUUGUCCCAAGGGUCAAAGAAAGAUAACAAAACAGCUUCUGAGCCUGUCAUCUUCUGUUAUAGAGAUAAGAAAAUAUUUUAGGAGUAAUUUCAGAGACUCAGGAGUAGAGUUAACUAUUUUUGGAAUGUCAGCUAGGUUGACUAACCACCUAAUUGGAUUUUUAUCUGUUUGCUAGCCAAUUUAAAUAUACUUAAAUUUACUGUAUUAGUUAUUCCUCUUAUUACAACUGACAGAUUUAUGUGAACAGUACCUAAUGUGAAUAGAUAAUAACAAUAAGCCACAGUCUAGAGACUGACUCUUCAUCAUUCUAAAACCUGGAUAUUAGUUCAUUCCUGUAUGCCCUUCACAUGCACUAACUGAUACCGGUAAGCCAGGCAACUCUAGAGCCUAGAAAGAAACAAAAAUAGAGGACUAACUUCAGUUGACAUCCUUAAGUGACUUGUUACUAUUCAAUUAAUGAGGUUCAUUUGCAGAAAAAUAGCAGAAAGAGAAAUAAAAAGAGGGCUCAGUCAAAUUAUUCAUGUUUUUAGAAAUGAAAUCUAGAGAAGAAAGCCACAAUACCCUCUGAAAUAAACUGUGUCUAGAGAACACAAUACCCUCUGAAAUAAAUACGGCCAAACCCAGUGAUAAAAAGGUUCAUUAUUAUCAAGGGACUCACAGAACAUAUACUCACACUCUUGCCUUCUCUGCAUAUAUUUGCACAAAACGAUGAUGACAUGGGACAACGAUAUCUAACGCGCUACUCUUCAAGGCAGAAAAUGGCCCCAUUCUCUAUAAAAAAAUUAGUAUUUCCCCACAUAUGCUUAAGAAGCUCCAAGGAUACUAGAUUUUCUAAAUAUGUAUGCAUGGUGAAAAAAUGCAGGUCAAGGAAAAAUGUAACUGAUCUUGCAAAAAAAUCUGUUUCAACCAAAGGGGAAAAUGCUGAAUAUUCUAACAACACUUCACUGUAUUUAAGGGUCAGAUUUUAAAAACUGUUCCUACACAGACACAUACACACCCAUACUCACUUCCUAACACACAUGCCACAACUGAGAUCAGAUUAUUGAAUUAAUUGAAUUCAUUUUAUCUUCAUGGUAUAAACCUAGUCAAGCUGAAGAGACUGUUCUAUUUCAAUUCAAAUUAUAUCACAUAUGCCACUGACUGUAGGUAAAAU